AUGACGGGGAAGUGGUUUUCCAGCGGAUCGUCCAGCGAGAGUGACGAAUGGAGAGGUCAUCAUGAUAUCGGCAAGCUGAGUUACCCGGACGAGGACACCUUUGACUCAUGCAGCUCGUGUGGAUCCCAAAACUCGCAAACACAUCAUCCCGAGAGGGAUGAAGAAUCAAACAUAAAAAGAAUAAACCAGUACAUCGAAAAGCUGGACAUCCUAAGGAACAAGUGCGACCUAAAAAUAAGGCUGAAUCAGCAGAAGGAGAAGGAGAACCUCGUAAACAACAUCGACAACAUAAACAUACAGGUGAAGAAGCACUUGCUGUUUAAGCAGAAGAUCAAUAGAAUUAACAACUCCCUUAGGGAGAAGUGCAACUAUGAUGCUUUUUCGCAGAUGGAAAGGAUCUAUAAGACCAUAUCAAAUGUUAACGCAUCGUAUGAAUAUACUACGUUAAAAAUUCAGCUGCAGGAUUAUAUAAAGCAGGUGGAGGGUUGUGUGAGGAGGAAUUACCUGGACGCCAUCGAACCGCUGAAUCAGUUUUUGCAGGUAAGGAGGUGUCUCUAUACAUAUGGUAGGUCCGGGUUGCUGCGUGUGGGGAACAUUCCAAACGGGGGAAGCAUCCCCCAUGAGGGAAGUUCCCUAGCCCAUGCCUACCACACCAAGGGGGCAGUCGUCCUCCUCACAGGAGACGACGCAGUCAUUGAAAGUGACAUAAUCAACUAUGUCCAGCAUAGGGAAAGGCAACUCUCAGAGGACCCCCCCGAACAUAAUAACGAUGCACAUUCCCACACACAUGCGCAAGGACAGGCGUAUGCACAGAUAUGCAAGACAGAUGAAGAGAGCAUAAAGUUGUUGAACGCGUAUUAUGACCAUGUGAAGGGUCUCAUCGAGGAAGAAAUUUGUGAGUGCAUAAAGUUGAAGGAUGUGGAUGGGGUUAGGGCGAAGUUAGGCCUGUACUUGAGUAUUUUUCGCAGUCGGGGGGGUAAGGAGGAGCAUAAUGAGAAGAAUGAACAGAGGGAGAAGAAAAGGGACUCUUCUGAGGGGGGCGGUGAGGGAUCCGAUGUAGGAUCGGAAGAAGAAAGUAACGAUGAGGCAAGCGCGAUGGGCAGUCACAGUAGCGACCACGGUGAAAAGCAUCCUGACGGAGGAGCCCCCACUCCCGUCCCCUUGGAGGAUCAGCUGCUCCACUUCGGGGAAUACCUGUUCGUGUGCCGCGUGGCCAUGAAGUUGGUUGAGAUGGAAGUGGAUAAGCAGCUGGACCUUCUAACCCGGAAAGUAGUGAGCACAGAAGACAGCGUAUACGUAGAAUGCAUAAAAGGGACGUACGCCUGCCUCUACAGACACAACGCCUUUUUGGAAAAGCUCCUGGGAGAUCAUAUAGUUUACAUUAUUUACAACAGGAAGGCUGAGUUACUUUUUAAUAAAGUCGUAAAAGCCAUAUGCUCAAGUUUCUGCAGUCAGGCAGAACACUUACGUAUCGACAACUACAAUGAGUUAACCAAGUUGGACAAAAAUGUGGAGAUGUUAUCCUUACUGUGUUAUCAUUUUCAAAACAUAAAAAAAUUUUUACACCAAUUUGGGGAAGAAAAAUUUAGAAAAUUGGAUACCAUGUUCAUUUUGGCUAGCUACAUAAAUAAAGAAAUUUUUUCUGAACAGUCAGGUUUAUUUAAAAAUUUGCCUUACGUAAAAUGUAUACAAGACUGCCUAUGUUCGUACAUCGAUUAUGAGAUAAUUUUCACCAAGCAUUGUAUCGAUAAGGCAUUCGUUUUGACAGACGACAUUAUGUUGUCUCUAAUGGAUGAGGAGAAGAGUAAAAGAAAGGACGCAAAAGAUUUUUACGAAAAUUUGGCAAACUUCGAAAAUAUAAUGAUGAACAGUAGUAGCAGCAAUGAGUACACAUCCACCCUGUUGGACGAUGCGUUUUUCAUUUUUCAGAAGUCUGUCUGUAGGAGUAUUAACAUGAACGAUAUUAAUACUAUGUGCGUUUUGGUGAACCACAUCAUUUUGUUUAUUGGGAGCACUUUGAGAAAUUACCUGAGUGAGAAUUUGAAAACGAGUAAAAGUAUAUACGCUGCGUUCAUUCACGAUGUUUCCAAUUUGAAGCCCUUCUCUUUUAGGGCUCUGUUGGGCAGCAUCGAUGAGACGAACUACGUGGAUGAGGGCCAGGGGAACAACCGUACCGUGGCCCUGGCGCAGAACCUUGUCAGUUCGCUUAGUUACGUGAGGAGUGAAACGUCGGAGGGGGGGGCAGGCCGUAACGACGUUCCAAGUGGAAAUGCUGGUCGUAAUGGUGCAAUACGUGGGGGGGGUGAUAACUCCUCACGUGGAGACCACCCUCAGGUGGGUAGCGAAGCGAAGGGCAUCUACGACUACCUAACAGCGGAGCACUAUGAGAGCCUCUUCAAUCCUCUGUCUGACAGGAAAAACAUGGACAGCCAAACAAUCAACUCCAAGUUCAGCUACCCCCAUUGUGUAAACAACAUAGACUCCUGCCACCAGUACAUACAGAACUUCAAGCAGUUCAUCCACGACUAUUUUGUGGACAAAUUUUUAAAAGAUAAAAAAAAGAAGAAAGAAAAGGAGAAGCAAAAGGAAACGCAGAAUUAUCUCCUCAUGUUUACCAACUCGUUUGCCAAUUACGACAACCUACUUAGCGACUUCGAAAAGCUCAGUGUCGAAAAUUGUAAAAAUCUGUUGAACAUUUUGAAGGUGCACUUUAUUGGACAGCUGGUCAUCAUCGAAAACGUGAACUUUGAUAUAACCAGUGAGCAGUACGCCUACUACCAGCUCAACGACCCUUACAUUAACGGCUUGGUGAGCCGGAUGAAGCUGAUCGUUUAUCACAUUUCGCAAUACUUUAACCAGAACAUCUUUCAAAUAUGCGUUGGCUUGCUGGCUGAGAAGAUCUGCAAAUACAUCGAGCGGAUCGUGCGCACGAAGAAAUUUAGCCUCUACGGUUGCGUCCAAUUAGACAACGACAUCCGAAACCUCAUGCUGUUCUUCACCUCUCUCACCAGCAUCAACGUGAAGAAGGAGUUCACCAAGCUGCUGGAAAUUUGCGAAUUACUUAACAUAAACGACUUGCAGGACUUUAAGGAUUUUUACGAGGAAAAUAAGAACAACCUAAGUGCCAGCGAGGUGGAGGACAUCAUUUCGAUGCGCAAUGACAUUUCGGAGGAGCUCCUUCGUCAGAUCAAGCUGUACAUGAAUUGGGGCGCACCGUAA